GCAAUUUGGAAUGUAAAAUCGGCCAAGUUGAACGUAUUUCUCAUAAACUUGCUCAAUAUGCAAGAAAACGCCGCCAAUUAGGUUCAAUGGCUUCUGGAUUAAGCGAUUUCUCUUCUUUAUUUCCUGGACAAAAUUUUUCUUCAAAAAAUCUCCAAAAUACUUUUGAAGACAAAAGUCUUUCACAAUCGAGAACUUCUUUAACUUCAGCAGCAACUGCUCCAGCUAUUGCUUAUAAUGAUGAAAAUGAAGACGAAAUUAAGGAUAAAUCAUCAAAGAAUAGAUCAAGAAAUAGCUCAAGAAAUGCCGGAAAACGUGAUAAAAAGUCAUCUCUUCCACCACCCCCAUCUCCUCCUCGAAAACAUCGUUGUCGUUCUCAUUCUUCAGCUUCUGCUUAUUGUGGAAGACAACAAGUUUAUUGCCGCGGACAGGAAGCAGCUCUUUGCAAUUCGAAAUUUACUCAGGGAACUAUUGUUACGUUGGUUGUAAUUAUGGCACUUUGUUUGGUAACUAUGUGUACUCUGUAUGUCGUUGACUGGUAUAAUCGUACCUACUUGUCCCCCCACUUUCAUCAUUACCACCCUUAUAUGGGAGAAGGAACAGAAAAACAACAAAAACACCAAAAACCUACAGAUUCUCAACCAAUUCCUUCAGAUAUUGAUAGACCCCCUCCACCAGGCAAAAUGAGGGGUCUUUUAGAUUCUGAUUGGAUACCACCUUUACAAUCAAAUAUUUUACCUAUUUCUUUGCAAUAUUGCUCAACAAAUUUUGAUAAAAACAAUCCUUUUAUUUCUGGUCCAAUAACAAAGCCAAAUUGUCAAAACAAUUGUUGUCCAAUUUCCAAAAAUUCAGAGAAUUCUGAAAAUAAAUUAAUAGAUAAACAAAUACAAGCAUUAUUACAAAAUAAUAAAAACACAUUGUCAAACCUUAAUUUCGAAAAUGGUGUUAAAAUAGAGAUUUUAAAUUUGGGAAUUAUUUUGGAUAAAAAUUAUUGUUUAUUACAACAAAAUUGUCAAAAUAAUUCUAAUAAUUUAUGUAAUACUUUAAAUAGUUGUAAUUCGAGAAUUGGACGUUAUAAUCUUUAUAUUCCAAUUUCUUCUGAUUUAACAACUGCUCCCCUCAGAUUAAAAAUAAAUUCUGCCGAUCCUUCCCUUUUUGUGGAAAGUUGUGGUUCUCUUUCUGGUUUUCGUUUUAAAGAAUGUAAUAAUUAUUUAAAUAAAAACGAUUUUAAUCAAAAUGAACAAUUAAUUGAAGAAGAAGAAGAAUUAAUUAAUGAAGGAGGGAAAAAUAUAAAAUCAAAACCUCGUUCACAAAAAAUUGGAAUUAAUAAUAUUUUUGAAAUUUCUGCUGGGUCAUUUUUGCAAAGUGCUUAUAAAUUUCGAAUUGGGCAUUCAACAGGACUUUGUAAAAUGGAGGAAAAACAAAAAGGUCGAAGUUUUGACGAAUUCAAUUUAAUUUUCUAUAGAGAAUGUAUUGUUACUACAACAACAACUUCUACUACACUUUUUUAA